GCGAGCGGGGCAGCGCGGGUUGCCGCCGCCCCGUUUUCCCCCUCCUCCGCGCCGCCCCACUCAGCUGGGAAGGGGGGAGGACGGGACAACGGCUCAUGCGCGAAACCCCCUUCUCCCCAGCGCCAGGCCCGGGCGCGUGUAGGUGUACGUAUCCUAUAGCUAUAGGUACGGCCGUGGGGGUGAGCAGCGGGGCGGCAAACCUGUCAGCGUGCGCUUCCCGCUUCCCGGGCCGGCGGGGGCUUCGUGGGAGGGGAGGGAAAACAAAACAACAGCAGAAAGAAAAAAAAAAAAAAACCAGUUAAAAAAAAAAAACAAAACGCGACGGGUUCGCACUCUGACGUCACAAGCCGUCGAGGUGGGGGGAAAAGAGCUCAUUUUGUUUUUCUCUGCAGCUUCAGGCACAGGUGGUACCUGCGGGGCUCUUGGCCAAAACGAGCUGGUUUGCCCCCAGCAUCGCCCUGCGCGGAUCCGAAGUCCCUGAUGCCGAGAUACCCGGGGGGGGGGAGCGGCCCGGCGCGCUGCCGGGGCGGGCGGUCUCUUAGCACUAACCCUCUCGAGAGUUUUCCAGUGCUGCUGAAAGUCCCUCGGAGCAUUUCAGCGGGUCUGGGAGGACAGACAGCACUUCAGGGAGCACCGAGAUCCCCUUUCGCGGAGCUGAUACGCUGAAAGCGGGUGGCAUCCCUCCAGGAAUGUUGUUUUCCUGGGUGCUCAGCUCACGCUCAGCUGUGCAGUUGCGCUCUUGGCCGAGAGCUCGGCUGCAAGUGUGACACGCAGGCACGUCCACAAAGACGUUUCCAUCCCAGAGGACCUCCGCAAAGUGCAUUCACAGCCUGCAGGGCCCAGCUCCAAAAGUCGCUUUCUGGCUGGCUUUUUGGAGUCACUGGAAGUGAAAUUUCUGGAGAGAUUUGCCCAGAGGUGGGAAGGAAUUUGGCUGUGUACAAAUGAGAAGUGCAGUGGGAGGAGGAAGGAAGGCUGAUUACUCAGGGUAGCGGGAAGAGAGGGAAAUCAAGGAGAGGAGUUAGAAGAGAAAUGCUGUAGAAACUUUAAAGAUCACAAAGAUUUAGAAUGGGGGUGGAAAGUCCUGGGUAAAAGGCUACUUGGAGCCAGCCUGUUCCGUGAAGUAUCUUCACCCAUGCCAACCUUGCUCCCCUGUGCGUGGUCUUCUCUCUCUUUUUUUUGUUUUCUUUUCUGGCUUUAGAGCAAGGGAAGAGGGAAACAUUCUCUUUACUGAAUAGCUUCCUAAAUGCGUCACAGUUUAACGCGAAACUACACAGGCAGUGUUCUUAGCAGCGGGCGAUGUUCGCCUUCGGCGUGCGAACAUUGCGACUCUGAUUUUCUGUCUUGGAAGUGGGGCUGCCGUCGCUGAGAGGGGUGUUUCUGGUAACAGCAGGGUGCUGAAUUUUGUAGGUAGUACCACCUUUCAGCAGCAAAUAGAAGUUUUAAAUGAACGGUCUAUCUCGCGGCAGUGCUCGCCUGUUUCUCAAUAAUAGAAAAACAGAAGACAUGCAAAGUAGAGUCAGACAAGCGAGUCUCGGAAAGACUAGGUCAGAUAAACCUCCUCCUGUCUGAGAUCGUCUUUGCAGCUUGAACCAGCCCCUCUAAGUGUUCUUUGGGACAAGCUCUGCAGGGUGCUAGGAGUGGAGAUGACACCGGAGGAGAUGAGGUCUCCUUCCCCUGGUCACCGUGCAGAUCUGAGCCUUCCCCACUUCACAGCUGCCUGUCUCCAGCCCCGUGAAGACGGCAUCUGUCACUUGCGGCUGGUUCAGGCUGGACAUCACAGCCAGUAGAGCCAGAAAUUAUAUUUUCACCGAAUGUUUCUUUGUGCUAAAUGAGAGAGCAUUGAAAUCCAGCUCCUGCUUGCUGCCGCUGACGGCUUUGUGAGGCUGAGGCCAUGCUGCAGCAUCACAGCUCUUGGCUUGGAUUUUCCUGUCCAGGUUCUGAGGGUCCUUUUCCUCAGAAGGGAUAGAACCUAAUCUGCACCAGGGGACUGCCUUGUGGUGUGCUUUGAGAUACAAAUAAGGUGCCCAGCAAGCUCAGCAGCAUCUCACAAUAUCUAUCAGCCAUUUGCUAGUCAUCUUAAAAGCACAUGGGCCUCUUUCUUCUACGCUCCUUGUGUGGCUGUCUCUGGAAAUCUUAAUUGCAUUUUGCCUUCCCUGUUUUUCCCUCCAGAGCCUCACGUUCUCAACCCAGGUUGCUUUUUUCACCUCUCCUGCUGGGAUGGCUGAGAGGGUUACUGCUCUGGCAGCUUCUCACCCACCAGCUGACAGCUGCUGCCCCCAAGCUCUGCCCGUGAGGCAGAGGAGGCGAGAUCUCUUCAGCUGCCUCAGUGCGAGUCGAUGCAGUUGAUCCCAGAGGGCUGAAUUGAACCACUUGACUUUGCACUGGAGCAGGUUGGGAGCGCUCCCAUGCCAACUCUGUGCUGAGAUCCUGGCCUCGGACAGAAGCUGAGCCCCAACAAGACAGAGGUAAAGCUACCUGGUGAGAGAACAGUCUGCAGAGAGCAGCAGGCUGCUUGUGCCUGUGCCAGAUCAGAGCCAUCUUGCCUGCCUGUCUGCUCCUCUUAGUGCUUUUGCUGCCAUGAGAGAGUUCGGGGUGCACAAGAGACAGCCAAGGCGGCUGCAGGGAACCACCCCUGCGACGGGCAGCACCUCACCUCUGGCACCAAGAGGGAGCAAAGACCAUCACUUUGACUCUCCCUGUCCUCCCUCCCUUCCCAUCUCAUCCUUCCUUGUGAGGAGCUGAUGCUUCACCGUUGCAAUGUAGGAAUAGAUCAUCUAAUGGGUCACAAGAUGGGGGGAUUCUUAUACUCACAGAAAAAAAAAAAAAUUCCACCUUAUGUUCAGCUAGAGCUGCUUGCUCCCAUCCUGCUGCAGCCCUCCCUCACUCAGGUAUCCUGAAGCCACAGUGUUCACCCCCCCUCUUCUUCCCCCAAGGUAUCCAUUUUGCUGCUGCAAAACUGAGUUUGCCUGCACCACCAGGACAUCUUGAUCUAGCCCUAACCGGGAAGCUGCAUGCAUAAGCAGAGCUCAGAGGGAUGCCUGUAAAGGAUUUAUUUCCCCCAUGUGGGGAGCACAGAAGCUAAUGCGUCUUGUAGUGGCAGCGUCUCUGCCAGGCUUUGGCUUUCCCGAUUGCUCGGAGCCCCGUGGUAGUGAGAGCACAGGGGACUUUAAAGAAUUUGAAAGUGGUUGGUAUCGUGCAUCUUUGGGGUUGGCCAGAUGUGGUGGGAUAUGGGUGUGUUGCACAGAGAGCUGACCUGGUGCUUUUUUUAAAUCAGCAUCUGAAUCAUCGUAAACAGGCUCGUUUGGCAACUUGUGCAGGCUGGCAGCACGCAGCUUAACUCCUGACAAAUUUCUCAUUCUCACCCUCUGUGCUGUAAAUGGUUUAGGCAGGAGUUAGGAAGGCAGGAGGCAUUUUUAAGCUUUCUGUACCCUAAAACUAUGGGAAACGCUCCCAAGUCUGAAGUGUAGAGUUCUGUUCCCUCUGGUUCUCAGCUCGGGAUGUAGCAUCUCACAAUGAUUUGUCUUACUCGUUCUCCCACUUUGUUCUAGGGCCGCAUUUCACCUAAUCUUUAUCUUCAGGUUAUGGGCCAGCUUUCGCUCUGUGGACUGGUUUUGCGGAGGCUUUGCUCGCAGCCUCCACGUACUGUUUCCAAGUGCAAAGAGCAGUGCGGCACCCUGGAUAUUUCAACUUCUCGGGUGGUGGUUGGUGUUUCAGAUCAUGGUGACCAAAGUAGCAGAAUGCUCUGUUUUGUACCUGGAAGCAGUUCUGACCCCAGUAAAUUGUGAUCCAUGGCUACCGUGCUAAUAUGCCGAAGAUUUCCAAGACUGAGCAGGGUGACUACGUUUUCGACUACAGCCAAGUACAAGGCCGAGAGCGGAAGCAGCGAAAGUAAGCAGAAAAAGGAAGAGAACCCAGAAACAGCCAACACCAGAACCGAAUCUGCGGCUACAAUCCAGCUGCUGAGUCCACUGGACUACAGAGUAUUGUAUAAUCCAUCUGCCUAUACCAAAAGCAGAGCUGCGUCCCAGCAGCAUGCUGCUAGGAACAGUGGCCAGGCUCUCGGUGACACUUUCACCAGCCCUGGCACCGCGCAGGUUCAGCAUACAUUCAGUUCUGCCUCUUCUCAAGCUUUGCCACCCCUCAGAAAUGCUCUGCCAAAGCUCGUGUCCAAACCACUCCCUGAGCAGACCGUCUCGGCGCACCUCUCGGUGGCCCAAAUCAAGGAGGAAGCAGAAAUGGAAAAAACAGAGAUGCAUGACUCCAAGGAGGACCCUCGCAUGUUUCAGAAGGGGAGGCCUGAAUACAGAUCUCUCAGCUAUGACAAGUGUGAGCCAGUAGAGACCCUUCCUUUAGAAGAAGGUGACUUGAUUUUACACAGUGUGGCUGUAUGCAAGGGCAGCCAGAGCCCAGGAACUAUCACAGAUUAUUUUCACAAGCUGAGUUGCUUGCCAGUGGAACAACAUGCAGCACUGGUGUCGGAACCCAGGUUUAAUACCUUGUGUCACUGGGCUGUCAAAAACAUGGGGUUGUUCAGCACUUCAGAUCUCAUUGCUAUUUUAAAGGCUUGCGUUCGUUUGGUUGUUCCACCCACCCACCCUCUGCUGAAUGCGUGCGAGAACGAAUUCUGCCGGCGGGUGUGGGACAUGAACCUGGACCAGCUGCUGCUGGUGGCCGAUUGCUGGCGCUGUCUGGAGCGUAGCGUGCCUUCCUACCUGAGCAUUUUGUUCAGCUGUGUCAACGUGAAGUGGAAAGACCUGGCUUUGCCCCAGUUUGUCCAGCUCGUUUAUAUCAUAGGUGAAGGCCGGCGGUCACCCAUGGACUUGAUGCAGAAGGUGGAGAGCAUGAUUUUGAAGUACUUGGACUCCUUCACCUUGGAGGAGGUGGGUGCUAUCUGCUUAGGGCUUUUCAAGUCCCUCAGUGGUAUCUCUCACCACGUCAUGAAAAAAAUUGCAGACAGAGUAUACCUGCAGAUGGGAGACAUGAGCACUUAUGCUCUGGUGAACGUGCUUAAAAUACUCCGCUACACCCGCAUAAACCACUUACCCCUCUUGAAGGAACUUGGGAAGGUUAUUCCCGCUCGGAUUCCUACAACAAACAUCCAGGGCAUCAUGCACAUCACUCUUACUUGUUCAUCCCUACACUACUUUGACGAAGGCAUUAUGGCUGCUGUAGCCAUGUCUUUGCCUUCCAAGGUGACUUUCUGCCGAAGCAAAGAUGCUGCCAAGUUCUUGUGGUCGUUUGGAUGCUUGGACUAUGAACCUCCGAACGAGGAGGAGUUUUACUCCAGCCUGAUAGAGCAGAUGCAUAGAAAACUCCAUGAGUUUGGGAAGUUUCCGGAGCAUCUCCUUACUGGUUUGCUUGGCCUGGCGUUUGUCAAACGCUUCCCAGAGGAGCUGAUAGACUAUGCUUUGAGGGAUGAGUUUGUCCAGAAAACGAGAGAUAGUAAAUAUGAGCUCAAAAAGGACCUGUUCACCCUUGGUAAGAGUGUUGAAAUUGAGUGCCCGAGCUACCAAGGCAGCCACCUUUCCCCUCAGCUUUAUCAGGAGAUCACUGAGAUGGUUUUGAAUUUUGCGGAGCAAGAAAUCUAUGUCAGGCCUGAAAUUGUGGAAGCCACGUCUCUUCUCAAGAGCAUGUUAGGUGGCCCAGAGUAUGUGAAGAGCCACAUGAUCCUGCCUCACACGAGAUCGAGUGAUCUGGAGGUUCAUUUGGCCAUGGAUGGACGUCCCAUCCCUUUCAACUUAAAAGACCCUAUUGCAGAUAAGUACCCAAAAGACAUCGGGGUUAGUCUAACGGAUGACUUAAUGACUCAGCUUAUAAAAGGGAGCUCUAAUAGCCAGUCUCCUGUGAAAGUGGAAAAUGAAGCCAGGACUCCCGGUCAGGAGGGAGGGGAAGAAGCACUAACACCACGUGCAGGGGAUCACGCUGCACUUUCAGGUGGAGCUCCUACUGCAGGCGGCAGAUCGCAAGCUGAGCCUAAAUCGGGGCGCUGUCUUGAAACCCCGCCAUCUCUUACACUUCAUCCCCAGCCUUGGGGGGUGAAGCUGGCUAUUCAGGUGUCCAACCGAAACCACUACUGCUACUGCUCCAAGCGGCUCUUGGGGCUGCACCGCUUGAAACGGCGGCAGCUGCAGCAGCUGGGGUACGUGGUGGUUGAGCUUCCCUUCUGGGAAUGGUUCCCUCUGCUCAAACGCACGCGUUUGGAGAAACUGAGCUACCUCCACUACAAAGUGUUUGACCCAGCGCUGCUUAGCAGGGCUGGCUAGUCUGAUGUAGUGCUUGCUCAGAGGCUGACACGGCCUCCCAGAUGCAUCUCUCUUUCUGGUUACUGAUUAAAAUGGCCUCCGAGUGUUGGUUAAGUUUUUGGCAGGUGCUCUGUGUGCUUGGGCUGCCUUGCUAUGUUAGCCAGUUCUGCUCUGCUGACAGUCAUAUGUCCCGCGCUUUCCUUUUGUGUGUAGAUCCUCAAAUGCUUCCGCGACAAAUAAAAACUACUGUCCUAUUAA